GAGUCCGAUUUUGUGCCUAGGCCAGGCGGCGACCGCAGAAGGAAUCCUGGAGAGCCACAGUGAUAAUGGGACGCUGAACAAUGAGCAGCACCUACUGCGGAAACUCUUCGGCUAAGAUGAGUGUCAACGAAGGGUCUGCUUUCUCAUUGACUCUGGAGCAAAAAACUGGCUUUGCUUUUGUGGGGAUCUUGUGUGUCUUCUUGGGGCUCCUUAUUAUCAGAUGCUUCAAAAUCCUGUUAGACCCAUACAGCAGCAUGCCUUCCUCUACGUGGGAAGAGAAAGGUGAAGAGUUUGACAAAGGAACGUUUGAAUACACACUUGCAUGA